CAUCAGCUCACCAAUCCUUUGAGGCUAUUCGUGGCAAUCUGAGCAGGCCAGUGAGCACCGACAGUGUCGCUCUGUCGUGGCAGAAAGUGAGCCCACCAUCAAAAUGGCUGCUUUGACGAUAGACCCGGUGCAACAGCCUCGGAUGUACCAACAGUCCCUGCUGCAGGAUGGACUAUGUGACCUUCUAGAGAACGACAAGUUUGUGGACUGUGUCCUGAAAAUCCAGGACAAGGAGUUUCCCUGUCACCGCUUGGUUUUGGCUGCCAGCAGUCCCUUCUUCAAGGCCAUGUUCCUGUCUGAACUAGAGGAGAGUAAGAAGCGGGAGAUAGUCCUUAAAGAUGUGGACCCCAGUGUUAUGGGGAUGAUCCUGCGCUACUUAUACACAUCUGACAUUAAUCUGACAGAGCAGAAUGUUCAGGAUAUCUUCAUGAUUGCUAACAUGUACCAGAUCCCUUCCAUCUUCUCUGUAUGUUUAUCAUAUCUCCAAGAGAAGAUGGUGCUGGGAAACUGCCUUGCCAUCUUUAAAUUGGGUCUUCUUCUGGAUUGUCCGAGGCUCGCUCUCGGAGCUAGAGAAUUCAUCUGUGAACGCUACCAAGUUGUUGUCAGGGACCAGGACUUUUUCCAGCUCAGCCCAAGUGAAUUAGCCAUCAUCAUAUCUUCAGACGCCCUAAAUGUUGACAGGGAGGAGCAGGUUUUUGAAUCCCUGAUGGACUGGAUCAAACAUGAUGAGCCAACACGGUUAAAGGAACUCCCUGAGUUGUUACACUGUGUCCGAUUCAGGCUCAUUCCAAUUGACUACUUCAAAGAAAAGGUUCAGCAUCACCAGUACAUACGGUUUAACCAAGACAUCAAGAAGGAGCUGGAUCUCAUCACAGAUGCUUACCAAGGCCGUCUCCCCAAGCCGAAGAAGAUUGACGGAGCAAAGGGAGGAGAGGAGACAGACGAGGAGGAUGAGGAGGGAUACCUGCCUGGAAUCCUGAACAACAACCCUCGCUUUGGGAUGUUUGAGAUGGACCUCAUACUCAUGAUCAACAACACAGGGACUGUGGCCUAUGAUCCGGCAGGAAAUGAGUGCUUUGUGGUUUCAGAAUCUACAGAGAUUCCCAAGAACCACUCAAGCCUGGUGACAAAGCAGAACCAGAUAUUUGUGGUUGGAGGACUUCUCUAUAAUGAGGAGGACAAAGACGAACCGUUCCUGUCUUACUUCCUACAGUUUGAUCCAGUAAGUUCAGAAUGGUUGGGAAUGCCUUCACAGCCCAAUCCUCGGUGUCUGUUCGGCUUGGCUGAAGUUGAAAACUCUAUCUUUGUUGUUGGUGGGAAACAGCUGAAGGAGGGAGAACAUGCCCUGAGUUCAGUCAUGAUCUAUGACAGACAGUCAUUCAAAUGGGGAGAGUCAGACCCUCUGCCUUAUGAGGUGUAUGGCCAUGGGACUGUUGCACACAAUGGUCUUGUCUAUGUUAUUGGAGGAAAGUCUGAGAGCAAGAAAUGCAUGAGAAGAGUCUGCGUCUACAACCCCACUAAGUUUGAAUGGAAGGACUUGGCUCCUCUGACAACUGCCAGGUCUCUCUUCGGCAUCACCAUCCAUAAUGACCAGAUCUAUGUGGCCACAGGGGUGACUGACUCAGGCCUCACCAGCUCUGUUGAAGUCUAUGACAUUACCACCAACAAGUGGUCUGAGUUUACAGAGUUUCCUCAGGAGCGCAGCUCUCUUAGUCUCAUCUCAACAGGGGGUUAUCUGUACGCUAUUGGAGGUUACGCCAUGAUGCCCAGUGAAACUAGUGAAGAACCAGCACCAACUGAGAUGACUGAUAUCUGGAGAUAUGAUGAAUCAGAGAAAUGCUGGACUGGGAUUUUGCGAGAGAUCUGCUAUGCAGAGGGAUCCACCAUUCUCCCAGUGCGUCUCAACACUCUUCGCCUCACCAAGUUAUAAUCAAACUGAACUGCUUCAUGUUGCAUCCUGAAGUCAAUGUCAUUUUUUCCAUGUGGACAAUGGACAACAGUUUGGGGUAGAGAAUUAUACAGGGGAACCUUGAAAAAGUAAAAAAUGAGCUAUGAGAUCAGUGUAAAGUUUUAUCACAUCUUUUACUGCAGGGGGAGACAGACGCAUGCCUACUGAUUAAAGCUAAAGGAGAAGGACAGAUAAAUUGCACCAAAUUUUAAAGACAAAAAUGCUAAACCUUAAUCUCAUCUUUCCUUUUUGGUGGAUAUUCCAAUAAAUGUGUUUACUACAUUCAAUGUUGCAUUUAAAUAAAAGUCAGAUGGCUGAAUAAGUUUCUGUCAUGGAUGAGGCAAAAGAAAGACACUGAAGCCAGAUCAGAGUGCAAAUGUUAUAUUCAUCCGUAUUUGUUCAACCUUAAAUUCUACACAACAUGCUGAGGGUUAAAAAAAAAGACUUCCUUCAAAAGCUUACAGUAACUAGUUAAAGACACUUUGUAAUCCUUACAGAGACAUUACAUAAAUACAAUGAGUGGAAAAGUUUUAAAUGUAAACAUAGAUUUCUAGUUGACACCUGAGUACUAAGCAUAUCAUCAUAAAAUGAAUCGUAAAACAAUUCUUUAUGCAUAUUUACAGCUUGACUUUAUAUACAAUGAGAGCUCUUUGUGACACUAGGUUCACACGCUGUAUUUUUUGUUUAACAUACAAUGUCACGACAGGUACAAAAACGGGCACAUACCUCCUACUAUGACAUUUAUACACAGUUUGGAUCAAACUGAGCUGCAUUUGAACAGUUCUGAUGUUUUGUUGCUAGAUUACUUUAACAAAGAAAGAGUCUACAGGGACCUGUGUGCUAAUGCACCACAAACGCGUGUGCUAGCAUGCUGAUGUCAGUGAUAAAGUUGUUAAAUUACAUUCAGAGAGAAACAAGAGAGUCGAAACUUCAGUCCUUUGCAAAAAAUAUUCCUUCCUUGAAAGUUUUGUAUGUUAUGUUACAACCACAAAUAUCAAUAUUUAUAGGAAUUUUAAACUAAUCAUCUGGAAGUAGCAAACUAAAUAUGUAAGAGAAGGAAUUUUAUAUUUAUAUUUUAGGAAAUAAAAAUGUGAGUCCAACUUUGUGUGAUUUAAUUUCAGUAUAAAUCUAUGAGUUUUUGGAUUCAGUAAAGAGAAUUAGUUUAUUUAAACAAAUAACAUUGGUUAACAAUGUUGGAAAAGCAGGCUACAACCACAUACUAGCCAUCUAAAAGGAUGGGAAAACAUUUAUAAAAGAAGCAGCAAAGGAAGCACUAUGUCACUUUGGAGGAGCUACAGAGAUCCCAGACUCAACUCGGACUGUUAAAAUCCCAAACUAAAUCCUUUAUAAAUUUGAGACUUUGGGUCAAGACUUAAAAAAACUAUUCCGUCUAACCUUUCUUGAGGUAUUUGCAAAUUAGAAUGGGCACAAAAUAAAGAAAAAAAUAAAUAAAAAUCUGCUUUUCCAGUAGAAUUCCAGUAAAGUUAAUCAAAUAUUGUGGCUGUAACAUUGAACAACUUGGACAGUCUAAAAAUAGGACUUUAUCUACAUUAUUGUAAAAUGAAUAAAGUAUUCAUAAUGGAACCAAAAUGAAACUGAAAAGACUUAUGUUUAUCUAAAACGAUUUAUCACCAGGAAACCACAAACUAAAAUAUGAAAAUUUACCAUCUGAGUACAAAGAUACAUAAAUGAUUUACCUACUUAUGGUAACAGUGAAUAAAGUAAGCAAAAGACUCAAUCAAUUCAUUUAUCCAUGCAAUCUAGACAACAGAAGAAGCUUUAGCGUAUUUAUACACUGUACCGAAAACUGAU